CGCACCGGCGACGUCAUCAAGGCCCGGACCAGGAGGACCGGUACCACUGGCCUCUGGACUGGUACCGGCGCCGCGCUCACUGAGAGCUCGGGCCUCAGUGCUGGUUCAGCCACGCGCGCUGCCGUCGGCACCGAGAGACAGGCCCGCGCGCGGACCGCUACUGUCAGUGACGCCCUCUACCUGAGCACUGAUGAGGAACAGGCACUUCCAAGGACCUCUGCAGCUCCUGUCACCCCUCUUACAACUUCUGUUACUCAUAUUACUGCUUCUAUUGCCCCAGCUGCAACUUCUAUUACCCCCACUGCAACUUCGAUCACCCUUACUACAGUCCCUGUCACCAGUACAACAGCCCCUAUCAUUCUUACUCCAGGCGCUUUAGAUCAUGCCCUGACUGUUGCACCUCCUAUCUCUUCUACAAAUACUGCCAGUUUUACAGCUCCUGCAGGCAGUAAUUUUGAUAUCUCUACUGCUAAUCCCACCACUUUACUCAAUGCUGUUAUCUCUACUGUAUCUGAUAUUGCUACUGCUAAUCCCACCACUGAUGACAUCUCUACUGCUAAUCCCACCAAUUUGCUAACUGCUGAUAUCUUUACUGUAUCUGAUAUUGCUACUGUUAAUCUCACCACUGCUGAUAUUUCUACUGUAUCUGAUAUUGCUACUGUUAAUCUCGCCACUGCUGAUAUCUCUACUGUAGCUGAUAUUGAUACUGUUAAUCCUACCACUUUACUCAAUGCUGAUAUCUCUACUGCAGCUGAUAUUGCUACUGCUAAUCCCACCACAUUGCUAACUGCUGAUAUCUCUACUAUAUCUGAUAUUGCUACUGUUAAUCUCGCCGCUGCUGAUAUUUCUACUGUAUCUGAUAUUGCUACUGUUAAUCUCACCACUGCUGAUAUCUCUACUGUAGCUGAUAUUGAUACUGUUAAUCCUACCACUUUACUCAAUGCUGAUAUCUCUACUGCAGCUGAUAUUGCUACUGCUAAACCCACCACAUUGCUAACUGUUGAUAUGUCUACUGUAGCUGAUACUGCUACUGAUAAUCCCACCACUGAUGAUAUCUCUACUGCUAAUCCCACCAAUUUGCUAACUGCUGAUAUCUCUACUGUAUCUGAUAUUGCUACUGUUAAUCUCACUACUGCUGAUAUCUCUACUGUAUCUGAUAUUGCUACUGUUAAUCUCACCACUGCUGAUAUCUCUACUUUAUCUGAUAUUGCUACUGCUAAUCCCACCAUUUUACUGACUGCUGAUAUCUCUACUGCUAACCCUACCACUUUACCCUCUGUUGAUUUCUCUACUUCAGCUGAUAUCUCUGCUACUCUUUCCACCACCCCUCUAAGACCUGAUAUCUCUACUGCAACUGCUAUCUCUACCACACCUUCCACUACAUCUACUGCAAUGCUGCCCACUUCAUCUACUACAACUACUAUCUCUACCACACAUUCCACUACAUCUACUGCAACUCCUGAACCUCCAUCCACAACCACUGCAGCUCCUGCUACGACCUCAGCUUCUGCCGUGACCUCUGCGGCUCCUGCUACCACUGCAGCAGCGACCAGCACCGCCACCACAGAGCUCACAUGGACCAGGAGGCACCCCACCACUACUGCCACAACCCAGCGGAGUGAGACGACCGAAGCUGUGAAGUGUAGCGUGAACCUGACCGAAUCCAGCGUUAAAACAAACUUUGUCCUGCUAAAAUGGACUACUCCGGGAGAAGCGUGCAAUUUCAAUGUGGUUUCCGUGAACAGCAGUUCUGCCACGAAUUGUCCACGAGAUGAAACCGACAGUCAGAAGUUUCAGUGCGAGAUAGGGGAUUUGGAACCCGGCACCUCGUACCACCUGGAAAUUAUAUCAGAGAGUGACGGAGGGCGAACCAAUGUGUCAGUGCAAACAGAUCCCCAGGAGCCGGCCCAUCUGGUGGCCCUCCCUGACGGUGGCGGGGCGGCAGGUCUGCUGGUGUCCUGGCCGCGCUCGCCGGGGCGGGUGGACUGGUAUGAGCUCACGCUGGAGGGCGCGGCGACGGGCGAGACCCGGACCACCCGGGUCACGGGCACCGCCGCCCCCCAGUCCGGCUUCACCGCCCUCACCCCCGGCACGCUCUACUCCCUCAGGCUGGUGGCCGUCGCCGGGAACAGGACCUCCCCGGCGGUGGUGACCUCUGCCGCUACAGCUCCUUCGGCCGUCAGGGGCCUACAGCUGUCCACCACCUCCGACAGCCUGGGUGUUUCCUGGCAGCCGGGCCCAGGGAGAGUGGAGCGUUACAGGCUGCUGCUGAGGGACGCCGACGGCCUGGUCCGGAACCUCACGCUCCAGAGCGGCGCCACCUCCCACAGCCUGACCGGCCUAGUGCCGGGUCGCCCUUACAACGUCUCCGUGGUGACGGAAGCCGAGGGGCUCCAGAACUCCGCCUCCAAGCAGGCUCGCACAGCCCCCGCCACGGUGCUGGACCUGAAGCUGCUGAACAACGGCAGCCGGGACUCCCUGACCGCCGCCUGGGCCCCGCCCCCCGGCGACGCGGACGGCUUCCUGGUGACCCUCUCCGCCGCGGGCGCGGGCCCGGCCCCCCAGGAGCAGGCCCUCCCCGCCGGGGCCUCGCGGGCCCUGUUCACCGGCCUGGCGCCCGGCCGCGAGCACCGCGUCUCCGUCCGCACCCAGAGCGGCGAGCUGUCCGCCGAGACGCGGGCCACGGGCCGGACAGUUCCAGACUCGGUCAGCCAGUUGGCCAUGGUGGGCCUCGGUGAGCCGGGCGCCCUGAAGAUGACGUGGGCUCCCCCUAGAGGCGACUGGGAGAACUACCGCGUCCUGCUGUUCAACAACUCCGUGGCGCUGGUGAACAAGACCGCGAAGAAGACCGUGCGGGAGUUCACCUUCUCAGGCCUGACCCUGGUCCCUGGGAGGCUGUACACGGCCGCCGUCGCCGUGGAGACCGGAGGCCUGAGCACCACCGCACACUGCCGGGGCAGACUAGCUCCCCGGCCGGUCCAGCAGCUGCACAUCCGCCACGCGGACGAGACGUCGCUGAGCGCCAUGUGGAACCAGGCCUGGUCCGAGCGGGACAACCAGACGGUGCUGCUGCAGCAGGGCGGGGCCACCGUGGCCGAGCGCCAGCUGUCCCGGGACAUGAGGGAGUGCACCUUCAACGUGCUCGUGCCCGGGCGCCAGUACUCCAUCCUGGUCGCCACCAACAGCGGGGACCUCAGCAGCUCCGCCUCCGUGACGGGGAGGACGGUUCCCGCUGAAGUGAAGAACCUGCGCGUGAGUAACCAGGGCCGCACGGACAGCCUGCAGACCAGCUGGGAGUGCGCCGCGGGCGACGUGGACUCCUACCGCCUCCUGCUGGUGCACGACAGCAUCGUCAUCAAGAACGAGAGCGUCCCGAACGUCACCGCCGCCUACCACUUCCACUCGCUCAAGCCCGGCGCCCUCUACAGGGUGGUGGUGACCACCGUCAGCGGCGGCCUCGCCUCCCGCCAGACCGUCGCCGAGGGACGCACAGUGCCCGCGGCCGUAGGCGAGGUGACGGUCAGCAACAACGGGCGCAUGGACUUCCUGAGCGUGUCCUGGCGCCCGGCGGCGGGCGACGUGGACAGCUACCUGGUGAGCCUGCGGUACCGGGAGCGGACGGUGCACACGCUGGCCGUGUCCAAGGCCAGCCCCGAGUGCGUCUUCAGCUCCCUGGUGUCCGGGCGCCUCUACGACAUCUCCAUCGCCUCGCGCAGCGGCAGCUACGAGAACCACACCGUGGUGCAGGAGCGCACCCAACCCUCCAGCGUGCAGAACCCCACGGCGAUCCACUCCGCCCGAGACGACUACCUGAAGGUGUACUGGCGCCACGCGGCCGGAGACUUCGACUUCUACCAGGUGGCCAUCAAGCACAACAACGUCUUCCAGCAGAACAAGACGGUGCCCAAGUCCCAGAGCGAGUGCGUCUUCACCUCCCUGGUGCCCGGCCGGCUGUACUCCGUCAUCAUCAGCACCUGGAGCGGCCAGUACGAGGCCAGCGUGUCCACGGACGGGCGGACGUUCCCUGCCACCGUGAGGAACCUGUCCCUGGCCGAGAGCGGGACGGAGGUCCUGCGGGUGACGUGGGCGGCGGCCCCGGGCGACGUGGACCACUACGAGGUGCAGCUGCUCUUCAGCGACAUGAAGGUGUUCCCGCCCGUCACCCUGAGCCACGCGGCCGGGGAGUGCAGCCUGGCCAACCUCACGCCCGGCCGCCUCUACAAGGUGGUGGUGUCCACCUUCAGCGGGCCCAACCAGAGGGCCCAGUUCAUCGAGGGCCGGACCGUGCCCAGUAAGGUGAAAAACAUCCACGUGAGCAACAACGGGCAGGGCACCAGCCUGAAGAUCAACUGGGCCCCGGGCCAGGGGGACGUGGACAGCUACUCGGUCUCUCUGUCCCUGGGGGCCCGCGUGCUGGACACCCGCCCCGUCCCCAAACACGUCCACGAGCAGGGCUUCCAGAACCUUCAGCCGGGCCAGCAGUAUGAUGUCACGGUGCAGUCCAUCAGCGGGGGCCUGGUCAACAACAACACAGCCAGCGGGAGGACUGUGCCCUCCUCCGUCACAGGGCUGCAGGUGGACAACAAGCACACCACCUGCAGCCUGCUGGCCACCUGGCGGGCCGGGGCCGGCGUCGCCGACGGCUACAGCCUCCGCCUCCUGGACGAGCGGGGCGCCCUGGUGGCCAACGGGUCCCAGCCCGCGGGUGCCGCCCAGCACCGCUUCGACCGCCUGACCGCCGGGAAGAAGUACCGGCUGCAGGUGCACACCGUCAGCGGCGGGAUACAGAGCGAGGCGGCCGUCGCCGAAGGAAGAACACGUCCAGCAGCGGUCAGUGGCCUGUCCAUCAAAGCCAACGGCACCAGGAGCCUGUCGUUCGGCUGGGCCGCCCCGGAGGGGGAGUUCGAGGCGUUCGACAUCUACCUGUACAGCGCCGACGAGACGCUGCAGGACCGCCAGCACGGGCAGCGCGGCGACCGCGACUGCCUCUUCAGCGACCUGCAGCCGGGGACCCUGUACAAGGCCGUGGUCCUGACCCGCAGCGGGGAGCAGACCAACGACUCCUCCGUCUGGGCCCGGACAGUUCCCGCUUCGGUGACCGGGUUGUCGGCGCAGAACCGUAACCAUAGCGACAGGCUGUGGCUGAGCUGGGAGCAGGCGCCGGGCGAGGUGGGCGGGUACCUGGUGUCGCUCCGGAACCCGGACGGCUCCCAGCAGGCCGAGGGGCAGCUGGGGGCGGAGCAGACGGAGCACGAGUUCCCGGGCCUGGUGCCGGGGCGGCUGUACACCGCCGUGGUGCUCACCCGCAGCGGCGAGCUGGUCAACGCCGCCACCGUCGCCGGGAGGACCGCUCCCAAGCCUCCCACCUCGGUGUCGUUCGGCGGGGUGACGAACACGUCGCUGGAGAUCACCUGGACGGCGCCGGCCGGCACCGACUACGACGACUUCGCCCUGGAGUGGGCGCCGCGGGACCCGCUGUCCGUCUUCGACCCGUACCAAGCCCCCGGCUCCAGCACCCGCACGCUGCGCGGCCUGUACCCCGGCCGCCUGUACCGCUUCAGCGUCCGCACAGUCAGCGGGGGCGCGGCCGGGGCCGGGGAGCCCGCCUACAGCCUGCCAAUCAGCCAGAGCAUCAGGACAAAGCCCGAGCGCAUCCAGCACAUCCACUGCCGGCCGCAGAGCUCGACGGCCAUCUCGUGCUCCUGGAGCCCGCCGGAGUCGGACUUCGACUCGUACACCAUCGAGUGCCUGCGGCGGGACGCGCGCACGCUGGUGUACUCGCGGCGCACGGGCCGCGACAGCACCGGCUACCGCAUCGCCCAGCUGGAGCCGCACCGCCGCUACACCGUCGCCGUCAAGGUCAUCUCCGACAGCAUGACCAGCGAGGCCGCCGAGGACAGCGUGGUCACCAUGAUCGACCGCCCCCCCCUCCCGCCGCUCAGCACCCGGGUCAGCGACAAGACGGCCCGCAUUACCAAGUCCACCAUCUCCUUCAGGUUCAACUGCAGCUGGUUCAGCGACGUCAACGGGGCCGUCAAGUUCUUCACCGUCAUCGUGGCGGAGUCUGACGACGUGGAGGACCUGCAGCCGGAACAGCGCCACCCGCUGCCCUCCUACCAGGAGUACAGGCUGAACAGCUCGGUCAAGGCCUACCAGACCAGCUACUUCCCCAGCCGCUGCGCGGAGGGGCCCAACGGCGACGACCAGGGGUUCGAGAUCGACCUGGGAGCCGAAACGGACAGCCUCGGGGGACGCUGCGACCAGGGGCCCGAGCAGAGCGGGGGCCCCUUCUGCGACGGGCCCCUCAAAGCCAAGACCGCGUACAGGCUCAGCAUCCGCGCGUUCACCCAGCUGUUCGACGAGGAGCAGGAGUUCCCCGAGCCGCUGUUCACGGACACCUACCUGUCUCUCCCGCUGGUGACAGAAGCAGAGCCCCUCGGCGGGGUCAUCGAGGGCAUCAGCGCCGGAAUGUUCCUCAUCCUGGUGAUGAUGGGGGUCACCGUCCUGCUGAUCUGCAGGCAGAAGGUCCGCAAAGUGAGCGUCCAGGAGCGGCCGGUGGUCAGGAUGAGCGUGCGGCGGGAGCGGCCGUCCUCGGGGAUGCACAUGGGCGUCAGGAGCAAUCGACGCAUUUCAAGCCCGAUCAAAAUCUCUAACUUUGAGAACCACCUCACCAAACUCCAGGCCGACUCCAACUACCUCCUUUCUGAGGAGUACGAGGACCUGAAGGACGUGGGACGCAAUCAGCCCCUCGACUGCGCCACCCUCCCCGAAAACAGGGGCAAGAACCGCUACAACAACAUACUGCCCUACGACUCAACCAGAGUGAAGCUGUCCCACGUGGACGAUGACCCGUGUGCUGACUACAUCAACGCCAGCUACGUCCCGGGCAACAGCUUCCGGCGGGAGUACAUCGCCACCCAGGGGCCCCUGCCGGGCACCAAGGACGACUUCUGGAAGAUGGUGUGGGAGCAGAACGUCCACAACAUCGUCAUGGUGACGCAGUGCCUGGAAAAAGGCCGGGUGAAGUGCGAUCACUACUGGCCUUUCGACCAGGACCCACUGUACUACGGUGACCUCAUCGUCCAAAUGCUGUCCGAGUCGGAGCUGCCGGAGUGGACCAUACGAGAGUUCAAGAUCUUCAGCGAGUACCAGCUGAACUACUCCAAGGUGGUGCGUCAGUUCCACUACACGGUGUGGCCGGACCACGGGGUGCCGGAGACCACGCAGUCGCUGAUCCAGUUCGUGCGGACGGUGCGGGACUACAUCAACAGGACCCCCGGGUCCGGAGCCACCGUGGUGCACUGCAGCGCUGGGGUCGGGCGAACGGGCACCUUCAUUGCUCUGGACCGGGUCCUGCAGCAGCUGGACGCCAAGGACACGGUGGACAUCUACGGCGCCGUCUUCGACCUGCGGCUCCACCGCUCCCACAUGGUGCAGACCGAGUGCCAGUACACGUACCUCCACCAGUGCGUGCGGGACGUCCUGAGGGCCAGGAAGCUUCGCAGCGAGCAGGAGAACCCCCUGUACCCCAUCUACGAGAACGUCAACCCCGACUACCACAGAGAUAUGGUGUACACCAGACGCUAAUGAAGCUAAUGAGGAUUUCUACUCUGCUGCCGGCGAAAAUGACUCCGUUUCUACUGCAGCUCUCUCAUGUAAAACUCAAUGGGAAUACACGGCAAUUCAUUUUUUUUUUAUCGUGUUUGAGGAUGUUAUUUCUCAGCAGUAUUAAGAGGUUUAUAAAAACUAUUUAAAUGUAACAGACUAUUGUAUAUAUUUGCAUGUCAUAUUUAUGUAUACGUUCCUUUUUAUUUUCAUCCACGGGCUCAUAUUUUGUGGAUUUUAACAGACAAGCUGUAAAAUCAUUUGCACAUUCCUUUUGGAACCUCUGUCGUCAAAUCCUCGCCAAAGCGCAAACUUCCAGUCGCUGGUGUAUUUAAGAAAAAAAGUGCAGACUUUUAUUUAAGCGCGUCAAGGGAAUCAGUCCAUUAAAUUUCUCCCACGUGGAUUUGUAAAAAAAAAAAAAACUUAAAAAAAAAACUAUUAUUAAUCCAAACUGGAACCGAGGUUCUGGAAAUCACCCAGAGAAUCCUCUUUGAGACCAGUUCCCAAAAGGCUGCUGGGACAUCACUGAGGGAAGAACAGUCGUAUCAGGAGUACACGUUUAAUUGAGCAAACACAUUAGCUGUGCUGGGUAGAUGCUAGGGAGGGAGUCCUGGGUUUGUUGUUUCUGGUUUUAUAGGAAUCCUGAAUGUAUUUUCCCACCUAAAAUUUAGAACUAGUGCCAUACAUUCAACCCUCCUUCACAAUGACUCCUGUGUGGCUUUAAGCCUUGAACCGCUUAACAAAGUCAUGGGCACUUUGCGUGUUUGCAAUCAAAUUACUUUUCUUCCAUCUUAGACAUUGCUGACUGGGUGUCUCUGUGGCUGGAAUUGUUAAUAUAACUUCUGACUGAAGGAGAUGUGGACAGAAGUGUUAAUUUAUGUCUGUGCUCCCCCCCACCGAAGGCAUUUAUAUAUUUAUGGAAAAGGAGAUCAUUUAGCAUUCAAAUUAUAUGUAGCAUACAAUGUGUGUGCCUAAACUGUGUGAAUGAAGCACGUGUCAAUCAAACCACAUUUUAUUUUCUGGAUGAUGCAGUUUGGCUGUAUCAGUAAAGGAUUUCGUAGCAUAUGUAUUACCAUUUACAGCACUUUUCUAAAAUGCAAAUAUAGAAGGCGAUGCAUAAAGAGAUUUCUAGAUUUCUCACAAUAUUAUAUCAGUGUUGGUGCAUGUUUUCUGUUGGCCCACGCAGCUUCUGUGUACUAUGAAGGAUAUUUUAGAUAUUUGCAGGAAUUUCUGACGACCUGCUGCUUUUAGAAUGGCUGGCUUUGGGGGCAUUUGUGCUUUGUGGAUAUGGCAAGAUGGCACUAAAAAUAACUCCAGAGCAGAUGAUGCAGUGAUGCUAUGUCUCCAUAACAGACACUACACUAAAACUGAAAUAAUAUAUAUUUUCUAACUCCUGGGGAAAAAAACUACCCCUUUAAAGAAAUCUACUCAGAGACAUAAAUAUAAAAUGUGUUACUCCAAUGUCUUUUUAUUAUUAUCCUGUAUUCAGGUGGUGCAAGGCCAUUUUGUAAAUUUUGUAAAUAUGGCCCAUUUAAUGUGUAUGGAAUAUGCAGUGUAUGAUAACCAUAUGUGUACAUUUGUCAGUCUAAUAAGCUUUAUACACAAACUGAAAUAUAUUUUUUCCAACAAAAGUACAAAUUAUAUGUAAGCAUUGUAAUGAACACUUUCAGAUCGCAUAUACAGUGAAAAUGAAUCUGCAUUAUAGAAAUAUAUAUUUAUAUAUUUUCCUUAUGGAGUUAUAUCUUGGUGUAAUCAUAUUGUAUUCUCCAAAAAGUAUCUAUUUUGCCUACAUAUCAAGUGAUUAAUCACUGGAAAGCACUAGAAUAAUAUGUAAUCUACUUCUUGAUCUGCUGUUUAAAGUGCAUUACUCUUUUUAAAUAAGAUGCUACUGAGACUGUGAGCAUUGUUACUAUGACACUGUUUUGUUUUGGAGGCCUGGACAGAGUUGCAUUGGUCAGUAUUUAUCCCACUCCCCUGUGGUUUUCAUGUGUUUGUGGGCACUUAACUCUGAUUAUGUCAAAUAAACCCCAUAGGAAUUUUGCUACUAACACCAGGCACCAUUAAUGCCAAGCAUGGUGUAACUUAGGUUUGGCAUGUCGAGUAUUUGAACAUUUAUUUGGAGUGUAUUUUAUAAUUAAAAAGGAAGAGUGGAAGAGGGGAACUUCAGAACAAGUUUAAUGCUGUCGGUUCUUAAGAGGUGCAAACUCUGGCAGUGGCUUGUAAAGCGCUCUGAGAUCUGAUCCAAAGUGUCGCCCAGGGGACCGCAGUCCGGUGUUAGAGUUGUCUCUCCCUCUUCAGUCUGCAGAAAUGGUUGCUUCAUCUUGGUUUUUGCUUAAUAUUUUCCUCCACCUUGCUGUUAUUUAUCUUAUAUUCCAUGUAUACAUCCAUCUUCGUUUUUUUUUUUUUACACAGAAAGUGAUCCUGGUGCCCUUUAAGUUUCUGGUCUUUGGCGUUGACGCCUCUACGCCCCCUCACACAUUCAGAACUGUGGUGUGCUGGCUGUAACUGUAGCUGGCUGUCUUUUUCUUUCGAAGUAACAUUU